ACUUGAUACUGACUAUCUUCAGAUGUAGUUUUCAUAAUUAAAGUAGUCUGUUUUGAUUGCGAAACGAAAUACACAGCAAAUAAAGAGAUGAAGUUAAUUGCACUACUUGCACUUUCGAUUAUCCUGUUUGCGUCCUUUUCAAGAGCUGGAGAGUAUGGGGACCGAUUUCUGACUCAAUACAAUAAAAUAAUGGACCCAGACAACCAUUAUUUCUCCAAAGAAGGAGUUCCAUAUCACACAUCGGAAACUUUAGUUGUAGAAUCUACUGACUAUGGACAUGAAACUGAUUCUGAAGCCUUCAGCUAUAAUGUGUAUCUCAAAGCUGUAUACGGGGCGAUUACAGGAGAUUUUGAACCAUUUAACAAUGCAUGGGACAUGAUCGAGGAAUUCAUGAUUCCCAAGUUGCAGACGAACAGCGACAGGUACAACCCAGAAAAUCCAGGAACGGCGUCUGGAAUAACUGUGGGCCAAGAUCCUAUUUUCAAUGAACUAAAGGCUGCAUAUGAGACCGAUGAGAUUUACAUCAUGCAUUGGCUUUCUGAUGUUGAUAACGUCUAUGGAUUCGGCAACGUACAAGGAGAAUGUCUAUUAGGUCCAGACGCAGAUGGCCCAUCAUUGGUUAAUUUGGGACAGGGUUCCCUAUGGGAAAGCUUUAAUGUUCCAACAUGCGACAACUUUAAGUAUGGAGCUUCUGACGGAUUUCAGUUUUCCUCUACUGGACAAGGCACUCAAAGUUACCAAUAUGGAGCUGGACCAGAUGCUGAUGCCAGAGCAGUGCAAGCUGCCUUUUGGGCAUCUCAGUGGGCCGGAGAAAAAGGAAAUUUGCCAGUAAUAGCUGAAACUCUUUCAAAAGCAGCGAAACUGGGGGAUUUUCUUCGCUACACGUUCUUCGAUCAGCACUUUAAACAGGUUGGAAACUGCAUUGGAAAAGAAGAGUGUCCGGGAUCCAUCGACAAAAGCAGUUCCCACUACCUGAUUUCUUGGGGGAUUUCAUGGGGAGGAUCCUUGAGCGAAAACGGAUACGCAUGGAGAUUAGGAAAUUCCGUAGCUUACUACGGAUACCAAAAUCUCAUAACCGCUCACGGUUUAAUCAACGAUCCGAAUAUCAGACCCAAAGCUUCAACAGCCAUCGAGGACUGGACAGUAUCUUUGGACAGACAAUUGGAGCUGUACGAAUAUCUGCAAACCAGCCAAGGAGCAUUUGCUGCCGGAAUUACCAACAGCUGGAACAAAAACUACGAAGAUCCUCCACAGGAAUACAAAGAUAGCGCUUUUCAUGGCAUGUGGUUCAACUAUAAACCAGGCUAUGCUGACGCAAAUCCUUGGUUUGGGUUCCAGGCAUGGACAGCUGAUCGAGUAGCGCAAUACUACUAUCUAACUGGAAGUGAAAGAGCUGGAGCCAUUAUUAGCAAAUGGGCGAAUUGGGUUGUUAAUGAAAUAUCAUUCGAUGAAACUGGAGACUACACUUUACCAAGUAACAUUAAGUGGGAAGGGUUGCCUCCAAAUACAGUCGUUUCGGUUACGAGCUAUGGGCAAAGCAUUGGAUCCGCUUCAGCCACAGCUCGAACCCUUUCAUAUUACGCAGCUGCUUCGGGAAAUGCUGCGGUGAAAGAAGUUGCGAAGAAAUUGCUGGACGGUCUCUGGAACCACCAUAUAACAGACAGAGGAAUCUCGCUCGUUGAAAGCUUUAGCUCCUAUACAAACUUCAACCAUCAAUUAUACAUCCCGCUUGCUGGUUGGAGGGGCGUCUACCCUAAUGGAGAUAUCAUCGAAGAAAAUGCAACCUUUUUGGGUGUCAGGUCCUGGUUUAAAAAUGAUCCGGAUUGGGGCACUAUUCAAGAUUAUUUGGAUGGAGGCGCCAUUCCGGCUUUUACAGUGCAUCGCUUUUGGGAACAAGCUGAUGUAGCGAUUUCAUUUGCAGUUUUUGAACUUCUCUUUGGCGAAUAAACUAGUAAAGUUCUGCACUA